AUGGGGUCCGGACGCUCCCCUCGCCCUCCGUCCCGGCGAAGCACCCUUGGCCACCACCGCAAGUCCUCCAGCUUCGAUGCCGACGCCGUCGAAGUCCUCGAGCUCCCCGUCCCCGUCCAGAGCGCCUCUGCCGUCAAAAAGAAGUCUGCCCGCAUCCUCGAUGGCAGCGGGCCAUCCACCCCAUGGACUCGAUUCAAGCGACGACGACUCGGAACGGGCACCGCACCGAGCACGAGCAGCCUCCGUGACGAGAGCGGCACCGGGACCGAGUCCCUCGCCCGCGUGCGCACACACGUCGCCGACCCGGACACCGAGCCCGAGGACGACGCCGUGGACGAAGUCGUCGUAGACCGCGAGUGGCUGCACGAGAUCAUGACUUCCGUCGUCUCCCCGUCCGAGUCGGGCGCCGCGCUCGGCGCUGCUCCGCACGGUGGCGCUCCUGGCGGGACGACUGUCACGGACGCAGAGAGCGAUGCCUACCAUACCCAUGGCCUAUGGGGCUGUUGCAGUCCGCUGGUCAUCCUCCGCUACCGCGUCUGGCCUGCCAUCUUUGACUUCUUUUGCCUCCGCUUUCACGACGACAAGAGCGAAACGCAAUACAAAAAGGAAAACUGGUUUAUGCGCAAGUCACUCGCGGUGUGGUCCAGCCUUUUCCUUGUCGUCAACUGGGUCUUCGCCACCGCCUUCGACCCGCCUCCUCGUGCCCUUGCCGAUGAGAUAUUCUACUACGGCGUCGAAACCGCCCUGACAUUACCCAUCCUCUUCAUGGUCAUGUACGACUGGCCGCGCGAUCGACCGAAGCUCUACCAGAUCUUCCUCAGUGUCCAAGUCUGGUCAUGGUCGUUUUACCAAGUUGCCUUCAUGUAUGCCUGUGGCUUCUAUCGCCAUCCAGAGCGUCACACAUGCGGCACGAAGGACUUCAUCGGCACCUUCUAUUAUACCACAGCAAUACCGACGAUAGCUCUGUUCGGCCUCAAACUCAAUCGCUUUCCGAUGAUGCUCGGCGCCGUUGCGUUCUUCGGCGUCUCUUCCGCACUCGUGCUACCGUUCAAGACGACUUGGUAUCGCAACCUUCUCAACUUUGCCUUGUUCCACGUCUUUCUCCUUUACGUGCACUAUAUGCGAGAGAACGCCGAACGACGACUAUACACGCUUCGAGACCAGCUAAAGGUCCAGUUCAAGGCAACGCAAAAGGCGCAGGUCAACGAACGCAAGACGGCGGACUCGAAACGUCGAUUAACAUCCUACGUCUUCCACGAAGUCCGCGUUCCCUUGAAUACCGCUCUCCUCGCCACGCAGAACAUUGCGGCGUCUGGGAGCAUCCAAAAAGAGGUGGAGAUUGAGUUCAAGGCCCUCGAAGGCAGCCUCAGCAUGAUGUCUAAAGUACUGAACGACGUGCUCGAUUUCAAUCGAAUGGACUCUGGCCGCUUCGAGUCCGUUCACAAACCCUACCGUUUCCACGAGACGGUUAAUUCACUACUCGUUCCACUACGAUUAGCCACCGAUGCCCGAGGUCUUCGCCUUGUCACUUCCCUCGACCCGGCCGUCGACCGCGCCGCGCGCCGCGCGGCCUACGAGGCGAUGGGCUACGAUCCCGCCACGGUCACAAAGAUGAUCGAAGAGCACCCAGACGAGGACGGUGUCGUCGUUGGCGAUGAGAUGCGCCUCCGGCAAAUCAUCACCAAUCUAUCCAGCAACGCAUGCAAGUUCACACCCACGGGGGGCACCGUAAGCGUCACGACCAAGCUGCUCUGGCCUGCCGGGACGCACACCGACGCAGGCACAACCCCAUCCGAGACUGUAGUCGGCUCAGUCUCGAUGGUCUCGCCGCUGUCGUCGAAAGUCGACCCGAGCGUGACACCGUCCCCACGCAGGACGUUGGACGAGAAGCACGUUGCCCGUGCGACGAGCUAUCUAUCGGCUGGGAUGCUCGAUAAGCACAACAAACAGCUUGGGGGGAACCAGGGCUUGAGCGACCAGAUCAUUGUCAGGAUUGAGGUGACGGACACUGGAUGCGGGAUCCAGAGCAAGGACAUGCUGCAUAACAAGCUGUUCUCUGCGUUCAACCAGACCGAGAUGGGCCGACAACAGGGCGGCAAGGGCACUGGCCUCGGCUUGGCGCUCGUCAGGCAAAUCGUGAAGAGGAGCGGGGGCCGAUUGGGUGUACGCUCCAAGGCAGGCCAAGGAUCGACGUUCUGGGUGGAACUUCCAUUGGGUGUUGGACCCAAGGCACUUGAACCAAACCACCAGCUGGACCAUUACUUGGCGUCGCCAUUGAGUUAUCCCGUCGCGAAGAACCCACGACCGAGCGCGCGUACGAAUGACGGCGAUCACUCGCGUUCCACUAUGAACACCCUCAGUAGCAUCAGCGCUACCGAGAACGUUUCGCAGCGCGAGCGCCCACCAAGCUUUGCCAACUCGGCCUCCGCACUGCACGGUAUUAUGGACCAGGGCGGGCUCGUCGAGCUACGCUCACCCGGUGACAAUGGUUCGACGACGUCCGUCCCGACGCGCACGAUCGGCGACCCGUCCACGGGCACCGCUCCCGCGCAGAGGACGCCGCCGGAGAUACAUGCUCCCGUACCUACCGCGGCCGAGAAGUCCGCGCUCGUGGAAGAGUCGUCGUCGCAGACCGUCAUUCCUACCCGCCAGACGCGGCCGCGGUCCAUCGAACUUCCGCGGCGCACGCCCGCGUCACUCGGCCAGGGCGGCGCACUGUCUCCCGUGCCCUCGGUGGGCAUCGAAGGCAUUCCAGACGCCCUACACGAACGCGGCACAUCGGCGCCAGAGCCUGCCGCGAGCCCGGUCUCAAGCCACAGUCAGGCAUCGGAGACGUUUGACCCGGGCCUACACGUGCUCAUCGUCGACGACGACCCGCUCACCCGCCAGCUCAUGCGCCGCAUGCUUCAGCGGCUCGGCUGUGUCGUGUCUACCGCGGAGAACGGUGAGGUCGCGCUCGAGCUGCUUCUGGGAUCGGGCUACCCCCGCCCCACGCCAUCGGAUGAGGGCUCGCCACCGUCAGUGCGCUCGCAGCCCGGGGCAGAUCAAUCGAGCGAGCGCGAGGGCGCGUACGCGGUCGUGUUCCUGGACAACCAGAUGCCGGUGUGUUCAGGUCUCGAGGCGAUCGCGCGACUGAGGAGCGCAGGCAGAAGGGAUUUCGUGGUGGGCGUCACGGGGAACGCGUUGCUGAGCGACCAAGACGAGUACCUGGACGCGGGCGUGGAUCAGGUGCUGACGAAGCCCGUGCUGGAGAAAUCGUUGAAGAGCAUGCUGGUCAUGGCGUCGCGGAAGCGUCGCAAAUCUUAAUCACCUAUGCAUCCACUUACGACGAUCUGCAAUUACGUACUGUAUUUCCCCUACAUCUAUGAUUUGUAUACUAGUGCUCAAUAUUUGCCCG